AUGCAGUCAGUCAGUGUUGAGACUCACAGGUUCGAACUAGAGUUGAACUACUUGGAAAACAGGCAAGGUCAGAUUGAGGGGGUUAAAAAGCAUCGGACUAUUUUUUUUUUCUGGGACUUUUAUUUACGGAGAAGCGAAGAAAGAUUCCACAGCGAUCACUUUGGACUUGAUGAGAAAGUCAAAGAAGUCCCGCUCUUGAAGACACCAGCGGAAUAUGUUGAAUCAAGGGAACUUAUAACACUGUUGCUCGCUAACAGGAUGAAUCUCCGCUCGCUCCAUGCCGUCAUGCUGCUGUGGGCCUUGUGCCCCAGUGUGCAGUUCCAGUGUGAUAAAUCACCCGUGACCAACAAACUGAACCUCUCCGUCAACUACGAGCUCCCGACGUUCACUGCAGACUUCCCCAUCCAGAACAUGGUGACGCUUGACGGGAUCAUCUACGUCGGAGCUGUGAACAGAAUCUACGCCCUGUCUCCGAACCUCACAAAGCUGUCAGAGUACCGCACGGGGCCGCUGCUUCCCAACGAGACCUGCGGCCAGAAACUGUCCAGCGCAAGCAGCGGCGGCGGCAGGGUGGACAACCACAACAUCGCUUUGGUGGUGGAGAACAUUUACGACAAGGGGUUGUACAGCUGCGGCUCGGCAGACAAUGGUGUUUGCCGCCGCCACGUCCUGGACGACGACACUGGCCCGAAAACCGUAGACGAGCAGGUCUACUGCUUUGCUGACAGGGUGAGGCAACACAGGGGUCAACCCAGCGACUCAGAUGUUGUGGUCAGCCCUUCCGGCUCUCAGGUGCUCAAUGUGGAAAGCAACGUCAUCACAUUUUUCGUCGGGAACUCUGAGAUCCCAGGCAUGGGAAACACAUCGGGCAGUGCGACACAUCCUCACACCAUUUCCCUUCGGAAGAUGAAGACGAGCCAGAACGGCUUCACUUUCUUCUCCAGCCGCUCGUACAUGGACUUAAUUCCGUCUCUACGCGGAAACUACUACCUGCGAUACGUUUACUCCUUCCACAGUGGACCUUUCACUUACUUCCUCACAGUGCAGCGGGUGAACAGGGACUCCCAGGCCUACCACACCCGCAUAGUCCGUAUGUGCUCCUCGGACCCCAUGAUCCGCCGUUACGUGGAGAUGCCCCUCGAAUGCAUCAGCACCGAUAAAAGGCGCCGCCGCUCCACGGAAGAUGUGAAGGUAUUCAACAUCCUCCAGGCUGCCCACGUCACCAAAGUGGGCAAUGACGUUGAGCUGCAGAAGCAGCUGAAAGUGGAGGAAGGUGAUGACGUCCUGUUCGCCGCCUUUGCCCGGGGGAAGCCGAACUCUCCGGAGCCGACCCCUAACUCAGCCGUCUGCGUCAUAACCCUGAAACACAUCAACAACAUGUUUAAGAUGUACAUGCAGAGGUGCAACACAGUAGACCCGUAUCACUUCACUGGAUCAGAGCAGAAGUCCUGCUACAAUGUGAGUUCAUCGGACGACUGCGACCCACAUGAGGGAAUCCAUGAAGGGAAAGAGGGCAAGUACCGCCUGCAGGUGACCCAGUUUGUCCAAAGGCUGGAGUACUGGCACAAAGAGCUGACCAACACCUUGGUUACCUCUAUCACUGUGAUGCCGGUCCAUGGCCGCGCUGUGGCAUACCUGGGCACCGCCGACGGACGCCACAUACAGGUGCUCUUCUCCCGAUUUGCCGCUCCUCACGUCAACAUCCGCCUGGACUCGAGACCCGUCUCCGCCAGUGUAGCGCUGCUGGACGCUGACGGCUCAAACGGAACCCUGCUAAUGGCCACAGGGAACAAGAUCACUAUGGUCCCUCUGAUAGGCCCCGGCUGUGGUCAGCUGACCACCUGUACUUCCUGUUUGUUGUCGUCGCGGGUGACAGAAUGUGGCUGGUGCGAUGGACGCUGCACCAGAGCUAACCAGUGUCCCUCUUCCUCCCUCUGGACCCAGGACUACUGCACACCCGUCAUCACCAAGAUUUUUCCGACCUCUGGACCAAUACGAGGCUCUACAGCGGUGACAAUGUGCGGCAGCAACUUCGGCUUCGACAAGACGGAGAGCUUCAAGGCUUCUCUGGUAACAGUGGAGGUGGCAGGAGCUCCCUGCAAACUGCCCAGACAAGACAACAUCAACAGGUGGACUGAGAUGCAGUGUACCCCGGUGUUCAGUGGGAACUUCACCCCAUCAGGACACACAGUGAGGGUCACCAGUGGCCACAAGGUAGCCACAAUGGAGGGCUUCACCUUCGUGGACCCUGUGAUCCACGAAAUCUUCCCCACAUUCGGGCCAAAGUCCGGAAACACCAUGCUGACCAUCAGGGGAGCCUUCCUGGAUACUGGGAACAAGCGAGAGGUGACAGUAGGGAAAGUAGCCUGUAAGAUCCAGAGCUUGUCGUCCGCCAUGCUUACCUGUAAGACGCCUCCGCACGCAGUUCCCUCCAAGCUCCCCGUGAAGCUGACGGUGGAUUCAGUGGAGCUCCACGCGCCCGUGCAGUUCACCUACAACGAGGACCCCAUCAUCAAAAGCAUCCAGCCCUCGCGCUCCUUCGUCAGCGGAGGCUGCACGGUGUCGGCUCACGGCUCCUUCCUCCAGUCCGGCCUCCAGCCCCAGAUGGUCCUCACCACAGGUCAGGAUGCUGAGGUCUUCCAAGUGAGCUGUGUGUACGCUGAGAACCGGACGUCCAUCCAGUGCACCACGCCCUCUCUGGCCAAACUGGCUCUGCAGCCGCCCGUGGUCACCAAGGUGGCGUUCGUCCUGGACGGCUACUCCACAGAUCAGUGGGACCUGAUCUACGUGGAGGACCCCCACUUCCAAGACCCCAAGCUCACAUCCAAGGACAACAAGAGCAUCGUGGAACUCAAGGGUGACCACAUGGACAGGGAGGCGAUGAAGUGUCAGGUUCUGACGGUGUCCAACCACAGCUGUGAGACUCUGACUCUGAUCGGGAACACUCUGGAGUGCCUCGUCCCCACUGAGCUGCAGGCCGCCACCGCCAACGGGCUGCAGGUGGAGUGGCGCCAGGCGGACUCCAUCAGGCAUCUGGGCAAGGUGACGCUGGCUCAGGAGCAGGACUACACCGGCCUGAUCGUGGGCUGCGUGUGUGUCAGCCUGCUGCUGCUGCUGCUGGGAUCGCUGCUCAUGUGGAGGAGGAACAAACACAUUGACGAUCUGUCUGAGGUGUGGUAUGAUGGGCGGGGUCACAUCCAGCAUCUGGACAGGCUGGCUAACGCGAGGAGCGUCAGCCCCACUAACGAAAUGGUCUCCCACGAGUCAGUCGACUAUAGAACAACCCUGCUGGAGGACCAGGGCACAGACAGGCCCGAGACGUGCCGCGGGGCUCCUCCCAUCUACGGGGGCAACGGGGAACUGCUCUCUCCCAGACUGGGGACGCUGGGAGGCGGGAUGGGUCUGGGAAUGGAGGGUGAGCUGGUGUCCCCCCUACUGAUGGCCCCGGUCCACAUCGACCCAUCCUGCCUCCACCCAGACCUGCUGACUGAGGUGCAGCAUGUGGUGAUCGCCCGGGAGCAGCUGCUGCUCCACCUCAACCAAGUCAUCGGCAGAGGUCACUUCGGCUGUGUUUUCCAUGGAACUCUGCUGGAGCUAGACGGGCAGAAGCAGCACUGUGCCGUCAAGUCCCUGAACCGCAUCACAGAUCUGGAAGAGGUGUCCCAGUUCCUGAAGGAAGGGAUCAUCAUGAAGGACUUCAGCCACCCGAACGUUCUCUCUCUGCUGGGAAUCUGCCUGCCGCCAGAGGGCUCGCCGCUGGUGGUUCUGCCCUACAUGAAGCACGGCGACCUGCGCAACUUCAUCCGCGAUGAAGGACAUAACCCAACAGUGAAGGACCUGAUGGGCUUCGGGCUGCAGGUGGCCAGAGGGAUGGAGUAUCUGGCCAGCAAGAAGUUUGUCCACAGAGACCUAGCUGCCAGGAACUGCAUGCUGGAUGAGAGCUACACAGUGAAGGUGGCAGACUUCGGACUGGCCAGAGACGUUUAUGAUAAAGAAUAUUACAGCGUCCACAACAAGAGUGGAGUCAAGCUGCCGGUCAAGUGGAUGGCUCUGGAGAGUCUGCAGACACACAAGUUCACACCCAAGUCCGACGUGUGGUCAUUUGGCGUGUUGCUAUGGGAACUGAUGACCCGUGGAGCCCCACCGUAUUCGGACGUGAACUCCUUCGACAUCACCGUGUUCCUCCUGCAGGGGAGGAGGCUGCUGCAGCCCGAGUUCUGCCCUGAUGCCCUCUACACGCUGAUGAUCGAGUGCUGGCAUCCGAAGCCCGAGCGGCGGCCCUCCUUCCACGAGCUGGUGUCCCGCAUCGCCACCAUCUUCUCCAGCUUCAGCGGCGAGCACUACGUCCUGCUCAACACCACCUACGUCAACAUCGAAAAGAUGAGCCCUUACCCCUCGCUCCUCGCCUACUCCACCAACACCCCCACCGACACCCCCACCACCCUCGCUUCCUCCUUUAUGUCUUCCUCAUCCGACCCCUCCACCUCCUCGUCCCUGCCAACCAUGUCCCCCCUCUUUUGCCACGUGGAGCGAGACUGCUGCACCUGAGAGAGAGAGAGAGAGAGAGAGAGAGAAAAUGGAGGGAAAGGUGGAAAAAGACUCAGACAUUGAGAAACAAAAAGGAGCAAAGGAAGAAAGCAGUGAGUCGAUGAAGAACUACUGUACGUACUGGCCAAACACUGGACGCUGUAGGCUGAGGGGGGAAAAAAACAGACGAGAGCUUUGACUGUUCACUCAAUGUACAUAGAUCGUCUGACCUUUGACCCCUUUUCGAAGCAUCGCCAGACCACAGGGUUCUCCAUGAACUAUAGGGGCUGACCUUAUGGACUUUUCUGGCCUUUUAUCGACCCCCCGAGGAGCAGGAGAUCAGUCUUCCUGCGUCUCUCUACAUGACAAUUACAACACAGGGAACUCCUCCUCAAAGAGUCCCAGCGGACAAAGCCACUGUCAAGCAAGCACAACGCUAUUCAUCAAACGCCCCUCCAAAAAAAACGAAAUCUCAUUGACUGCUGUACCCACACAGGGAGAGGAUAGAUUUUCUGCGUCUGCUCCUCUCUGGGUGGCAUGUGCGCCGAUACGCGGAUGUGGCUCAGACCUUUUUUUCGCUCUCUGUAAUGUGAAUGUUUGACAAAUGGACCGUGUAUUGUGUCGUAUAGAAAAUGUCACACCUCCAGCGCCCCCGCGCUCAAAGAGAGAGAACGCCGGGCUGCUGUGAUAGAUUGCGGCGCCUCGGGUUAAGUAAACCCAGGCACUGUGGAGGUCGAUAAUGGUUGGAAGGUAACAGGGGAACAUCAGUGUAGGUGUAAGGUGGGAUGUGGGAAAGAGAAACCCUCCUCUGCUGCCUGCGUGCAGUUCACUGGAUGCUUUUAUUUGUGUAAUUACAUUUUGGACAAUUGGCUUUUGAUGUGCUUGGAGGAAGAAAAAAAAUCAUCUGGCAGUCUCGUUGUGACUCACCUGUGUGAAAUCCCCAGAUGUUUCCGAGUGCAAAGGGUCAGAAGCACCCUUGAUUUCCUCCUCUUUUUUUUUUUUAAAACCUGAAACGUCCCAUCAUUUCAAAACAGUAUAACUAUGACAACAUGCACACGUCUGAAAGCUUUGAGGGUUUUCUUGGAAAGAACAAGGAGAACCAAUAAGAACUAUGUCCUGGGAUUUUUUUUGCUAACCGUAUGUCAGAUUUUGUCUCUGUUUCGUAUAUCUUACAUUUUAUUGGCAGAGAACACGCUGUACCUGAUAAAAUGAUACCUAGACAAAGGACACGAGCGUUCCCAGAGACCUAAAAGUUCAUCUUUAACAUUUUAUUACCUAAAUAACGUGUUGUCCAAAUUCCAACAAAAGUUGGUAGUAAAAAAAUUUUACCUCAAAGGGUCCUUGUGUUCAUCUGGCUUCUAACCAGGAGUGCGUUGUUAUGUGACUAAGUGACAGCUGGGUACCACUGUAACUUCAUGACGUCGCAUUAAGUCAUUAUGAAGAAAUAUUUCAAUGUUAAAAGGCCGUACCAGUGUGUUUGCAAGUUUCAGCUUCUUAAACACGACUCGUACAAUUUGCACUUUUUUUUUCCUCAAAGCAUGCUAAUUCAGUUUUUAGUCCGUUCCAGGCAGCCGCUGGCUCCCAUUCAUUACUGCACAGUAGGAUGUUCAGAUUCUCGUUUGAGUCCUGUAAUCCAUCACAGGCAACAUCAAGUCAACAUUAAGUUUUGUCACUGAUAUUCUAUUACUGUUGUGUGGCAAUGUAGUUAAAGUGCAAAUAGAUGUAUUGUAAGUGUGUACAGCGUGUCACACUGUAAGGUAGAGAUUAGGGAUCAUUUUCAUUGUCGUAAAAUGUCCGAAAAUUGUGAAAGAUGUGGAUCAGUGUUUCCCAAAGCCCAAGAUGACGUCCUCAAAUGUCUUGUUUUCAAAGAUAUUCAGUUUACUGUCAUAGAAGAGUGAAGGAACCUAGAAAAUAUUCACAUUCAAGAAGCUGGAGUGAGAGAAGUUUUUCUUUUUUCCAGAAAAAAUAACUCCAACCGAUUUAAUUGAUUAUUAAAAUAGUUGGCGAUUCAUUGAAUAGUUGACAACUAAUCGAUUCAGCUCUUGUAGAGUUGUGCCAAUUGAUGAUCAUAACGACUAUUGACAAUCGAAAAGACGUAUGCCAAAUGCUGAGGCCCCUGAGGAUUUAUUUUUGGGAACAUGUAUUCAUAAAAUGUAUAAAAACCCUUAUCAGUUUGCUGUAGUAAUAUAGGCAUACAACUUAUUUCUGCAUAUUUCUGCACAGAGUUUUACAGAACUCUUUUUAGCAGAACUUCUUAGUUCCACGCAUUUUUUUUCUCAUCAAAAAGUGGCGCCUACAUUACCCACGAUGCAACUUGACCGUCCACAGUUCAGUAAGGACAUUCAGGUGUUUCAGACAUUAUGCUAGCCUCAAUCCAAUAGCAACAGCCGCCUCUAGUGACAUCACUUGAGGCAUUUUGCCACGUUCAGCCCCGACAAAACGUCACAACACUGUUUUUUUUUUAAAACCAAAACGGUGUUGUGUGCGCAAGCGCUCCACCUUUUUAUUACCAUGAGUUCACAGACACGUCUCUGCUGAUUGGGUAUCACCUAUGACACAGCCGGUAAACGACAGACACACCCACCGAACGAGAGAAAACUCAAAAAUGUCUCAAAGCAGUCGCACGCCGUGUCACACCGUUCCAAGGAAACAUGUCGUUCAACCAGGAAACCAUAGCAACACGGUGCACGCCGUGGUGAGAUUGCAUUUCCUAUGUGAUAUACUUUGAUGAAUUACACAACUCCAGCAACUUUCAAGAGUUCUCAUAUUGUACAGAAAUGAACGGAAACUAAUGGCUGCUUUCAACAAUGGAAAAAAACAAACUUUUCUAAAACACAUGAGGGUGAUUUACAAAGUGGUUAGUUGUGAUGCAAAUUGCACAAUAUUGGUCGCAAAUGUGCUAAAACUUGCAAACCACUGCUGAUGUUUAUGCCCCCCUUUUAUGUUUGCUUUGUGUAGCAGAUUAUGUUUUUAUCAUUUUAUCUGAAUGGCUGCUGAUGUGACUGGGCCAUUGACGGACAGGUAUGAAUGUUUGCUAUGACAAGAAAAUUGCUGUACUAUAUUUUUGUAUUGAUGAUGAGCCUCUUCUUUAAGACCGGUGGUGAGUGAAUAGUGCCACGAACAAUUGAACAAAGCCACCUAAUCAAUCUUUUUUUCUUUUUUUUUUCUAGACGAAACCACUGCCAUUUUGUAAAUAAAGAGAAGGGAUCGUUGCGGGGGGGGGUGGGGGGUGGGGGUCCGUGUGGGCUAGCAGCAUGCGUCUGAUGAUAAACACGUGGUGGAUUCUCAUUCAGCUCGACGGCUAGAUCACCGCGCAAACAGUCGAGAACGUUAGAGGUGAACAAACCGGAGCCACCUCACACCCCCCGCACGAUGCCCAAAGACUGCUGUCACUUUGAUCGUGUGAUUCUCCACCAGUUUGUGCUUAACACUGUCUGUUCUGUGUGUGCGUAUGUAAGAUUUUGUUGUACAUUAAAAAAAAAAUCAAAAAAAUCCUGAAGGUACAUGUUCCUAUGUAAUGUCAAAUCAACUCUUGUCAGUCUAAUAAAGCUAUACUAUCAGAGCUAGAA